CGAAAACGCGAUUCGUUAAACAAUAUUAAUCGUGAUACAUUACCUUCUUCGACAUUCUAUCUCAAUUGUUUAUAUUCGCGACUACUACUGACAAGUUUCGUUUUCUAAUUUUAUCAUCCAUUCCUAGAGAUCACCGGUGUAAACUAUGGCAUCGAUCGUGCGGACAGUACUGCGAUUUAGUCGUGUGACGAUACAGAAUUUGUAUCAGAUUAAUCAAAAUGAAUUACGCAGUGGCAAGCAAUUAAAAAUAGUUGGCCAAAAUAAAAAGCCAAAAUUUUCGGAAAUUUCCGCAGUUUUGCAGCAAAAAUCAAGAAGGUUAUUAUAUGUACCUUCUGCAUUUUUCUGCCAAAAGCAGCAUUUCAUUACAAUAAUAGAAGAGAAGAUACAAAACACUAAUGUAUCUCCCAUAGAAGAAGCUGUAGAAAUUUUCAAGAAAUUAAGAAUAGAAUUACAGCUUAUUAAUAUAGGAAUUCUUGAAAUGCCUAAUAAUUUCAUUGACAUGGUCAAUGAUGAAUAUAAAAGAGCAUUGGCAAAAAUCGAUCUGCUCAACCCCGAACCAGAUGACAUAUCUUUCAUUCGAGAAGCUAUAAAAAAUCUACAGAAAUUAGAAAUAGAACGCAUCCUCUUCCGUAUAGAAUUUGUUAAAUUAAUGAUUAAUAAGCUUAAUGAAGAUAAAGACGCACUCGAAGAUGAAUGUAAGAGAGCAUCGGCAGAAGAAGACCAGCAUUAGUAGGUGUCAUUAAGACUCCUGAGUAUUAACCGCAGUCAUUGGAAUAAUGAGAGAUUAUAUAAAAAAAGUUUAUUGGUUAAAGAGUUUAUUUUGCA